AGCGACAGCGCGGCAAGAUGGCCAGUAAGACCAAGGCCAGCGAGGCCCUGAAGGUGGUGGCCCGGUGCCGCCCCCUCAGCAGGAAAGAGGAGGCCGCCGGUCACGAGCAGAUCCUGACCAUGGACGUGAAACUGGGCCAGGUGACCCUGCGGAACCCCCGCGCGGCCCCUGGGGAGCUGCCCAAGACCUUCACCUUUGACGCCGUGUACGAUGCCAGCUCCAAGCAGGCAGACCUGUAUGAUGAAACCGUGAGGCCCCUCAUAGACUCAGUCCUUCAGGGCUUCAAUGGCACAGUGUUUGCCUAUGGCCAGACGGGCACCGGCAAGACUUACACCAUGCAGGGAACCUGGGUGGAGCCCGAGCUGCGCGGGGUCAUCCCCAAUGCCUUUGAACACAUCUUCACCCACAUCUCUCGCUCCCAGAACCAACAGUACCUGGUCCGGGCCUCUUACCUGGAGAUCUACCAGGAGGAGAUUCGAGACCUGCUCUCUAAAGAGCCAGGCAAGAGACUAGAGCUGAAGGAGAACCCCGAGACAGGCGUCUACAUCAAAGACCUCUCCUCCUUUGUCACCAAGAAUGUCAAGGAGAUUGAACAUGUGAUGAACCUGGGGAACCAGACCCGAGCGGUGGGUAGCACCCACAUGAAUGAGGUCAGUUCCCGCUCCCACGCCAUCUUCGUGAUCACUGUGGAGUGCAGCGAGCGAGGCUCAGAUGGCCAGGAGCACAUCCGUGUGGGGAAGCUCAACCUGGUGGACCUGGCUGGCAGCGAGAGGCAGAACAAGGCAGGCCCCAACACAGCUGGAGGGACAGCUUCUCAGUCCACGGGUGGUGGCGGAGGUGGAGGUGGCGGCAGUGGUGGCAGUGGAGAGAGGCCUAAAGAAGCCUCCAAAAUCAACCUCUCGCUGUCUGCCCUGGGGAACGUGAUUGCUGCUCUGGCGGGCAACAGGAGCACCCAUAUCCCCUACCGGGACUCCAAGCUGACCCGGCUGCUCCAGGACUCUCUCGGGGGAAACGCCAAAACCAUCAUGGUGGCCACACUGGGACCUGCUUCUCACAGCUACGAUGAGAGCCUCUCCACCCUACGCUUCGCCAACCGAGCCAAGAACAUCAAGAACAAGCCCCGGGUGAACGAGGACCCCAAGGACACCCUGCUGAGGGAAUUCCAGGAGGAGAUUGCCCGCCUGAAGGCCCAGCUGGAGAAGAAGGGGAUGCUGGGCAAGCGGCCCCGCAGGAAGAGCAGCCGCAAAAAGAAGGCCGUGUCUGCCCCGGCAGGGUACCCCGAGGGGCCAGUGAUUGAGGCCUGGGUGGCUGAAGAAGAAGAUGACAACAACAACAACCACCACCCGCCCCAGCCCAUCCUGGAGCCAGCUCUGGAGAAGAAUAUGGAGAAUUACCUGCAGGAGCAGAAGGAGAGGCUGGAGGAGGAGAAGGCAGCCAUCCAGGACGACCGAAGCCUGGUGAGUGAGGAGAAGCAGAAGCUGCUGGAGGAGAAGGAGAAGAUGCUGGAGGACCUGAAGCGGGAGCAGCAGGCCACAGAGCUGCUUGCAGCCAAGUACAAGGCCAUGGAGAGCAAGCUGCUCAUCGGGGGCAGGAACAUCAUGGAUCACACCAACGAGCAGCAGAAGAUGCUGGAACUGAAGAGGCAGGAGAUUGCCGAGCAGAAACGCCGUGAGCGGGAAAUGCAGCAGGAGAUGAUUCUCCGUGAUGAGGAGACCGUGGAGCUCCGGGGCACCUACACGUCCCUGCAGCAGGAGGUGGAGGUCAAAACCAAGAAGCUCAAGAAGCUCUAUGCCAAGCUGCAGGCGGUGAAGGCGGAGAUCCAGGACCAACAUGAUGAGUACAUCCGCGUGCGGCAGGACCUGGAGGAAGCCCAGAACGAGCAGACCCGCGAACUCAAGCUCAAGUACCUAAUCAUCGAGAACUUCAUCCCCCCUGAGGAGAAGAACAAGAUCAUGAACCGGCUCUUCCUGGACUGUGAGGAGGAGCAGUGGCGGUUCCAGCCACUGGUACCCGCGGGAAUGAGUAACAGCCAAAUGAAGAAGCGGCCAACAUCCGCAGUGGGCUACAAGAGGCCUAUCAGCCAGUAUGCUCGGGUUGCCAUAGCAAUGGGGUCCCACCCCAGAUACAGGGCUGAAAAUGUCAUGUUUCUGGAGCUGGACGUGUCCCCUCCAGCAAUCUUUGAGAUGGAAUUUUCUCAUGACCAAGAGCAAGACCCUCGUGCACUACACAUGGAGAGGCUCAUGCGGUUGGACAGCUUUCUGGAAAGACCGUCCACGUCUAAAGUCCGAAAGUCCAGAUCCUGGUGCCCGAGUCCCCAGUGGCCUCCGCCCUCCGCCGCACAUGCCUCCGUGGCCUCCGCCCCUCUGCACCCUCCGACGGUGGUGGACCAUGAGUGACAGCCUUCACAGUCAGGCUGCCCAGCGACACACUCCGACACGGGGCAGCCAGCCCUGGCUCAUCUCAUCCGCAGCUUGGUGGUGUGCGUUUGAGCGUGUGCAUGUGCGCGUGUGCGUGCGUGUGUAGGAUGGGGUGCCCACUCUUCUGCACCUCCUUUAUUUAAUCCAUGUUAUUUAUUCGUGGAGCCAGUCAUUGCCGGGGAAGCCUUCCGGGCCGCUGUGGUCCCUGCUGUACCCUCCUUCUCUCGGGACUGGAAACCCCCAGUCAGACCUCCAGCGCCUCCCGUGUCAGCCGCCCUCAGAGGGAGGCGCCAGUGCCUGAGGCAGCACAGCGUUCACCACCCGCUGCGUCUUCUCCAUCUCUGACCCUGUGACGAGCAGCCCCUAAGCACUUUCUGGGAUGAAGACUGCCAGGGGUCUGCUGAGGACAAGAGACCUGACAGUGCUGAGCCUGCACUCCCGGUGGAUAGGGCUCUGUUCUCCCCUUCCUGGGGCUCAGACCACCUCUUCCAGCCUCUCAGGCUCUUUUGCAAGGACUUCGGUGACCUCACCAACACUGGCUUCCCCAGUUCGGCUUCCCACCCACCUUCCCAGCCUGGAAUAGGAAUCGUGAACCAAGUGGUUGAUGCCAUGUCGGGACCUGCAGGAAAUGGACCCAGAUGAUGUGGACUGUCAUCAAGCGAAGUCCCUCCUCUGGGUCUCUUUAUUUCUGUCCCCACUUUGAGCUUCCUUUGGUCAACAAGUCGUCAGACCAACUCCCCACUUUUGAAAUGUGUCUUCUUCCUGCUGUGGCCAUUUUCCUCUGCAGCUGCCGGAUCUCAGGUCGUCGCAGAAGGGAUCAGUGUCAUUCUACCGCUGCCUAAGCAAAGGUAUCACAGCUUCCCUCUGCCUUCGGCACAGGAAACAGAGACUCAGGCAAAAUCUUUGCCAGCUGUGUCUGUUGCCCCCAUUUCCCAGUCAUAUUUUUGGCACACUAUUUUGUUGAAAACUGACCCAUUCUUUACCACUGAUGAAAUUGGCCCCAUCUUACCUUCCUUUGUGACAGCCCAAAAUGUCUCCAGAUAUUGCAGGUGAUAAGUAAACUGCUUCCAAGAAAAAAAAAAAUUGACUUUAUUUUUUACUAGCAGGACAAAAUUUUCAUCCUUUAGUUUUUAAAAUGCCUUUGCACAUGUGCAUCCUCACAGAAUUGCCUAAGAUUACCUUACUGUAGAAGUUAAAUCUGAGUUAAAAUGAAGUUCAGGGAGGCAUGGUGGCACACACCUAUAAUCGCAGCACGGCCGUGGGGGGGCUGAUCUAGGAGAAUUGGAAGUUUGAGGCCAACCUGGGCUACAGAGAAUUCGAUGCCAGCUUGAGCUCCAUAGUAAGAUCCUGUCUCAAACAAAAAUAAACAAAACAAACAACUACAACAAGUUCCAUUCCACAGAGACACUAGAUUCCUUCCAUAAUACUCUUUUAGUAUGCUUCUCGAAAUAUAUCCCCGAUACUUUCUCUGUCUUUCAAGUAGAGACCUUAGAUCUACUCAAGAAAUGUUGACAAAUACACAGAUUUCUUACAGAAGGCACUGUAAUUUAAACGUUUAAUAGUUUACUAUUUCAUUUUAUGGUGGUUGAAAAAUUAGGAAGUUCUCUAAUACUAAGGAUCAGCAGAUCAAAUGGCUUGAUUACCUUUGCAGUGUGUAUUUUGGCAGAGGGGUGUAGAGGUAAUUGCGCGUUAGGAUCUCAGGCACCCUCAGUGGGAAUCUCCCGUCCCUAGACUGAAAGCAGUUCCAUCACUCGGGUAAAGCUGACAGAUCUGUUUGAGGUUUGGUGCAUGGCAGGCAGACAUGGGGGCUCUUCUCUUCCCUUCGGGAAGUAAAUCUUCCUUGCACCAUUCAAGUUCUUCUCUGAGGAGCACAUUUUGUUUGAUUUAACUCAGUGAUGCUGUCUUUUCUGCUGUUGUUUCUGGACUAGGUAACGGUUGAGCCUCUCAGUCACCAUUUGCUCCUGUCUUUCAAGGGAAUCACAGUUUUCAUCAGAGCCUGAGAAGUCCAUUGAGACUCAGGAUUCAGAUCAGAGGUUUGGCUGUGGUUGGGACAGCAGCUGUAUGUGGCAGUCCCCCAGGUGGCCUGGCCACGGAGGGACCUCUGGGGCUGCAUUGAGCAGCCUCUCCCGCUGAUCUCUUUCUCGUUUGUGGAUGAAGCAGCACGAGCCAGCCCGUUCCCCCGCUCCCCCCGGACACAUCAACUCUGCAUUGUCUGGUCACUUGUCCCUCACAGUCUUAGAGCACAAUAUUGCCCAACUUCACCACCCCCAGUCCGAGGGCUGGACCUGAGGUGUGUUCGGAGAAGGAGCCCCUGCCUGCAGUUUUGUGUCCGUGUGCAUGUGUGUGAGCGUGCGUACGUGCGUGCGUGUGGCUACCUAUACAGGGGACACUACACUCAACGAAAGAUGUGCUGGAACAGGGCCCCAGAGGGUGGUUGGAUCUCAGUCUCUUGUUCUCUCUUCUCUCUCCUUUUCCUUUGAUGUAUCACACAUUUGACUGACAAAGUGAGGGCCUUGUUUAGGACCAAACUCCCAUGUUUGUUGCUAUGGUCUUUAUUUAGGACAACAGUUAAUGCAGUGGCCCAUUCUCGUCACUCUAUACAUAUGACUAUAUGGGACAUAUGUAAUAUAUGAAUAUAUAUAUAGAACAUUACCUUCUGUCCCCUCGGCUAGGAUGGAGGCCUCUGUGUUGAGCACCGCGGCUUGGUGUUGCUGGCAGCCUCAGGCCCCAGCCAAGUUCAAAUGAACACAGUCGACAAUAAAGGAAUGAGUAUCAUU